AGACUUGCGUUCAACUUUAUUUUUGUUAUUCGUUUUCUAGUCCAUUGACUGAAUCUUCUACUUCAUGUACAAAUUUUAUUUAAGCUGUUUAUAAUUUUUUUUUCUUUUAAAUACGGAAGUGUUUUUUUAAAAAUUUUUACAUUUUUUAAUAAAUAAAUUUUUAAUACCGAUUUAUACAAUUAAAUAAGCCAAAAUUUUAUACAACAAAUUAAAAUUCUAGAAAGUGCUUUUUUAUCAACACGAAAUAAGUAUAUACAAACUUUAUAACAAAAUAAAAAAAAAAAAACAACGAACUUGUUUAUAAAAUACGAUAUCAAAAAAACAAAAAACAUACAAGGAAUCAAAAUUUUUAUAAAAAUUUUUUCACCAUAAAGUGUUCAAAAAAAACAAACAAACUAAAUUGCAUAUUAAAAAUUAUCAUUUAAAUUUAAAGACAAAAAGAACAUUAAAAAAAAAAAAAACAAUAAUGAGUUCAUCAAAUGAAUGCCAUCAAAUAAUUAAAAGUGGUAGUGAAUCACCACAAUUUCCAACACAUCCACCACUUCAAAUGCCAUGUCCACAUUGGAAUCAUUUUCCUAUUCAUCCAAAAUCACCAACAACACCUACAACACCGCCAGUAUCAUAUAAUUAUUGCACCCAAUGCAAAUGUACAGAGAAUAAAUGUACAAAAGAUAGUAAAGUAGAGCAUAUUUGCGAUUGUGGAUGUCGUUUCUUUGAAUCACAAGCUGAUGAUAACAAACAAAUGGAAAAAUAAUUGCCAACAAUAAAUUCACCAUUCAAACCUAUCUGAUUAUUAUGAAUAAUAUUUGAAGUUCUUUAUAUAGAAUCAAGUCUAAAUUUAUUUGGACAAAAGUUUUAAUUAUUUAAUUCUUAAGAUUUUAUAAAUCAGUAAUAAACAUAUAUAUAUGCCUAAAUACAUAAAUGUAAUUUUAUAACAUUCUAAUUUAAGCAUUUUUAUAGACGUAAAUUAAAUAUUUUAUACGAUUUAUUUUUUAAGCAAUGCAAUGGUUUUUUUUUUAAAUUUUAUUUAUAUAGUAAGGUCUUCAGAAAUGACUUUUAUAAAAUAUGUAAUUUGAAUUUUUAAUUUUAUUUUUAUUUUUUAUACUAUAUUUACAUGUAGAAUGUGUGUAUGUGCAUAUCCACACCUAUUGAAAAUGUUGAACACCAUCAACUACUACAAACCAAAGUAAUAUUGAAAAAACACGACUAUUUCUGAUUAUUAUGCUAUCAUUCUACUACAAAUACAGAAUUUUAAACAGAUUCUUGUGCAUAAAAUAGAAGUCUUUAACAUAAAAUAGAAGAAUGUAUUUAAAAUUAUUUUUAUCUACCUUACAUACAUAUACAUACAUAUUAAGUAACAGUAAUAUAUAGGUUAAAUUUAAUUAAAGGCAAACAGAAACUUAAACUUACAAUAUUGAAUCAAUGUAAAACAGAAAUUGUGAAACAUUUUUAUAUAUUGGUUUUUGUUAAAUCUAGACCAUAGAAUCAGAAAUUCUAUUUUUAACUACAUAAUAUUUUUAAUUUCAAUAAAUACACAU